AUGACAUCUAACGAGAAGUACCAUACCAAGUUCUCCAAUGGCGUUACUUUUCCACUGAUCGGUUACGGUACUUGGCAAUGUGACGAUUCUGAAUCCUUGAAGAAGUGUCUGAGAAUUGCUUUGGACGCUGGUUACAGAUACAUUGACACCGCUUACUUGUACAAGAACGAACAUAUUAUUGGAGAAGUGCUGGAAGAGUACUAUCAAGCUGGAAAGUUCAAGAGGGAGGACAUAUUCUUGACUACUAAGGUACGAUCUCAUUACACUAUUAGGGGCUUUCACUAAAGCAACAAUUAGUAGGUUGUUCAAAGCAUUCUGUGUCCCCUCUCAAAGCCAAGGGUUUUUGGGGUUAGGGGCACAUAAUUAUUCGAACAACCUAAUAUUAAAAGUGCUGACAUCAAAUGAAUUAGAAGUAAUGUCACUACGGCACAAAGUAAGUACUAAACAUUGAAAAGUAGCGAAUGUUAGAGUUUAAUUUUAUGUAAGAUAUGAAUUUAGUUGCCACUUCAAGGCCACAAACCCGAAGAUGCUGAAUGGUUCGUCCAAUACUCUCUGAAGGCUCUGAAGACUGAAUACAUUGAUCUUUUCAUUAUCCAUAAUGCUUGCUCUGCCAAGGUAAUGAUUUUAUCUUACUUUAACAACACAUUUUAUACUCAAAAUAACUCAAUUUCUAUAUAUUUUAACCUGUACUCUUACUUAUGAGCUUUCUCAUAAUCAAGUAACUUUUUGAUGGGCUUUCUACUAUUUUCCAUCAUUACCUUGAUCUACAUUACUUAAUCUUACAGAUGGAUCCACAGACUAAAGAGCCAAUCGAAGCCGAGCCAGAUAUUCUAGAACCAAGUGAUGUUCCCCAUAUUGACACCUGGAGGGUACUCGAGAAGUACUACAAAGAAGGUGUCUUCAAAGCCAUUGGAGUGUCUAACUUCACCGUGCCUCAACUAGAAGACCUCUACAACAAAGCCAAAGUGAAGCCAAUGAAUCUUCAAAUCGAACUUCAUAUCUUUUCUCGUCGUCGCGCUUUGGUCGACUUCUGUAACAAACACAACAUCACUGUAACGUCUUAUGCUACACUCGGAUCUCCGGCUAGAAAGAACGGAUUUAUAAAGAGCUACGAUGAGAAAUGGCCCGAAGCCGAUUGUUUGAAUCAUCCGAUCGUUCAGGAGUUGAGCAAGAAGUACAACAAAACUCCAGCUCAGGUAGGACAUAUCGUUUUGUAGCUAAAAUUACCAUUCUAAGUAAAAAAGAAAGGAGUCGACGUUGGUCUUUUCAAAAUUUUAAUAAUCUCGUUGUAGAUCCUGCUCCGCCACCUGAUCCACCUCAAAAUCAGCGUGAUUCCAAAGAGUUUGACGCCAUCCAGAAUCCACGAGAACUUUGACGUUUUCGACUUUGAUUUAUCAGAAGAAGACGUCAAGAAGUUUGACGAAAUCAAGGAUGAUGUUCGACUGUUCAUCUACCCUCAUCUCAAGAAAAGCGCUUUCUUCCCAUGUUACGAUUAA